CUAAUCUCCUCCUCAAUGUCCUCUGUUACCUCACACAAAGGCAAAAAGAAAGCCGUUUACGCUGAUGACGAUGAUCAUGAGAAUACAAAUGCUUCUGGCUCAGCACGGUCUACUUCUCCUGAAACACAAUCGGAGUCAGAUGUGAGCUCGGACAGCGACUCAGAUUCUUCAGACGACGAGUCCGAAGAAGAAAUCACUCAAGCAUUCCUUGACUCGUUAUUGCAAAAGGCGAAAGAAAAUGCAAGAAGGAAACGACAUCUUUCAAUUCAAGACAUGCUCGAAGAAGAGGAGAUCCGGUUAGACAUGCAAGGGGAUGACAAGCCACUACCCCUUCUCAAGUCAGAAAGCCUUCCUUCGCCUUACAUUAAGCUGAAUUCACGAAAAGGAGGUCCAUCGGCCAUUCGAGACCUGGACGCGGAGCGGGUAGAGAAAGCAGCAUCUUCUCUCGAUGAACCGGUACCGCCCACUCCCCCGCCAGAGUUGGAUGCAUCCGGAAAGAAACUUACGAAAAAGGAGAGGAAAGCGCUCAAAAACAAGACCGCUGGAGCUGCGUGGUUUGACCUUCCGGCUCCAGCUGAGGCAGACCUACCGCGGUUAUAUCGGGAAGUGGAGGCACUUAGGCUGCGCAACCAGCUGGACCCCAAGCGCUUCUACAAAAGAGAUGAAGGCGAAGGAAAGGGCAUCAAGGGCUUGCCCAAGCAUUUUGCUAUCGGCACUAUCAUACCGUCAAGUACGCCAUUUGGCACUCCCAGUGCCGACAAUCUCAGUAGGGCGCACAGGAAGCGCACGCUCGUGGAGGAGUUGGUUGACGAUGCGGAGGCCAAAGGCUACGCCAAGAAGAAGUUCAAGGAACUGCAGAGCGUGCGUGGCGCCAGAGGAAGAGGCACUUUGGCUCAAAGGAAAGCACUGCGGAGACCGAAGUGGUAAAAGCACGGCAAUGUAAUCCUCUUAUCUCGUAUACUGCGUGUUUCCAUACCUCCGGCCGGAUGUCAUUGCCAAAGCGCCUGUGGGACUGCAUACGUGACGGAUGGAUAAAGACAUCUGAAGCAUUCCAUAUGGUGGCCUCCCUUCCGUCGAAUAUUUGUGUUACGGCAUGGUUCCCGUGGCGCCUGUGCUUUGUUCUCUUGUGCACAACCAAGUUCACGGCUCACUGAAUGGAGAUCUCGCUGCGGUGUGAAUUCUGUACAAGCCAUAUCGCUAUUGUGAUGUCCAUCGGAGACGCAGCUAGGAUCCGACGACGUUAGAGAAGGAAAGUUUCGUG